AUGACCUACCGAAUUCUAGCGUGUGGUUCCAACGGAAACUACCAGCUCGGUACAGGAGACAAUGACGACUACGAUACUCUAACACCUAUACCCAUCGCCAUUUCUUGCCGGCCGGUACAGUUUGCGUUUGGUGGAAAUCAUACCUUGCUACGACUACAAGAUGGCAGGGUCUAUGCUUGUGGCGAUAACACCUAUGGACAAUGCGGUAAUUUAAAAGCUUCUUUGGUGACUGAAUUUACCCUAGUACCUGGGAAAUGGGCCCAAAUCGCUGCAGGCUGGGAGUUUUCUGUCCUUGUAUCCGAUUCAGGUACCAUAUAUACCUGUGGGCAUGGACCCAAAGGAGAGCUCGGACUUGGAGCAGAAACCACAACAGCAGAAACUCUCACAGAAGUUCCAUUACCAACAGGGUUUGAAUAUAGUAUUGUUAAAGACAUCAAGGCCGCCAUUGGCCACGUCGUGGUGCAAUACUCAAAUAAUAAAUUCAUAGGAUGGGGCACUUGCCGAAAGGGCCAGUUGGGGCCGCAAGAAUUCGAGAUGACCAGUCGAGGAAAGAAACCAUUGAGUCUGUAUUGGAUCCCUCGAGUUUUAGAUGUACAUGGUCUGCUAGUUUGCUUGGGAAGAGAUCGAAGUGUCUUUACUGGAGAGAAAGGUAUAACAAUCAUAGGAAAGAACCCACAAUUCAUACCUUGUACACCAUUUAAGGUCGAAGCCAUGUGGUCUUCGGUCCACUACAGCGAAAAUGUCAAUGGAAAUAUUCACCUUGUGUCACUUGGCAAUAAUCUGCAUGGUCAGCUAUUCCAAUAUCAAAUCCCUGGAGAAAUGGCGGACUUUGAGGUAGGCAGCGAACAUGGCAUUCUACUCCUAAAAGACAAUUCUGUAUAUGCUUGGGGUUGGGGAGAGCACGGUAAUUGUGGGAACAAGCAGACCGACAGUGUGACUUUUGACUAUUUGAAUCCCAUUUACAAUGGGGCCAAUCCAGUGGAGCUCAUGGCAUGUGGACUAGCCACAACCUGGAUUGUGGAGAGGAUAGAAUAA